GUCCAGAAGUUCAUCAACAAGGGCGAGAAGGGGAUCACGGUGCUGGCUGGCGACACGCAGGUGUACUGCCACAUCCCCAUCAUGUGCGAGGACAGGAGCCUUCCUUAUGCAUACGUCCCGUCCAAAUCG